GGCUUUUUCUGCGCAAGCGCAUAUCCACCCUUUUUUCUUUCAGCCCGUCUUCUUUGGUUGAAAAAGGACAGGAACUCGGCUUCUUUGGCUGUUUGCGGGAGUGGAGGCUUUGCACUGGGGGUGGGAGCGCUAGGAACACAUCUCCGGGAGGCCUGGGGCCCUGCCAAAUCCGCUGAGCCUUUUCAUUUCUUUACAUUCUUCAAGGAGCAGCAGAAAAUGAACAUGCUGCGGGGAUCCAUGUCAUUUGAAGAUGUGAUUGUCAAAUUUACCCAGGAUGAAUGGCAGUACAUGAGCCCUGCUCAAAGGACCCUGUACAGAGAUGUGAUGCUAGAGAACUAUAGCCACCUCAUCUCAGUGGGAUGUUACACCAUCAAACCUGAGAUGAUCUUCAAGUUGGAGCAAGGAGAAGAGCCCUGGUCCUUAGAGGAAGAAUUCCUAAACCAGAGGUACCCAGGAUAUUUCAGUGUUGAUAUUCACAUUGAGGGGAACCAGGAAAAACGAGAGAAACCUCUGUGGCAAGUAAUAUUCACUGAUAACAAAACAUUGAGUAAAGAUGGGCAGAAAGUUUUAGAAAAACCAUUUAUUCUGGAUAUAAUUCCAAAUUCUUCUGAAAAAAUUCCCUGUAAAUGUGACUCAUGUAGAAUGAAUUUGCAAGUUGUUUCUGAAUUAAUUAUUUGUGAUAGAAACUAUUCAAGAAAUAAGGCUGAUUACAUGAAUGUUUGUGAAAAGUUGCAGCUUGAUAUUAAAGAUGAGAAAACUCAUACUAGAGAGAAACGUUAUGAUUAUAAUAGAAACAUGAAACCUCUCAUUAAUAGGAAAGAUCAUCAGAAACUUCAAAGCCUGGAGCAGUCUUUUGAAAGUAAUGAAUUUGGGAAAGUUUUACAUGGUAGGACUCUCAUUAUUAUAGGAGAGGAAUCGUAUAAGGGUGAUGAACUUAGGAAAACCUGUGAUAAAGCAACUUUACUUAACUACAUGAGAACUGGCACAAGAGAGAAAUGCUUUGAUCUGUCUGAAUGUGGGAAAUCCUGCGACAAAACCACCACUGUGAAUUACAAUAAGGUUCACAUGGCUGUGACAAACUCUGAAUAUAUUGAGAGUGGGAAUAACUUCAGCAGGAUCUUGUCUCUCACUCAAUCUCAGAGAACUGUUAAAGAACAGGGUGCUUUUGCAAGCAGUAAAUGUGAUGAAAACAUGAUCCCAAGCUCAACCCACACAGUACAAAAAAAGACACAAAUUAAAGAUGAAUCUUGUGCAUUUAAUGGAUGUAUAAAUGCCUUCUACCAGAAAUUAAACCUUAUAGUAUGUCAGAGAGCUCACACAGAAGAGGAACCCUACCAGUGUGAUAAAUAUGGGAGGUCCUUCCAUCAAAACUCAGCUAUCCGUGUACAUCAGCAAAAUGAAACUGGAGAGAAGUCAUUUGAAUGUAAUGAAUGCAGGAAAUCCUUUUACCAGAAAGCACAACUCAUUCAUCAUCGGAGGACCCAAUCAGGGGAGAAACCUGAGGAAUGUGGGGACUCUUUUUGUUCAAGUUCACACCCUAUUCAUUAUCCUGGAACUGAUAUGAGGGUCAGUCUCUAUAAUUGUAAUAAAUGUGGGAAAACUUUCUGCCAAAAGUCAAACAUCCAUGAAAAUCUGACAUUUCGCACAAAGGAUUAUGAUAACAGUGGAUGUGGGAAACCUUACAAGAAGCCUGCUCUCAUAGUACACCAAAGAACAUAUACAGGGAUGAAACUCUGUCAAAAUAAUACACAUGGGAAAACAUUCUCCAAGAUAGUACAUUUCAAAGAACAUCAGAGAAUUAACACAGGGGAGAAAUCCUACAAAUGUAUUGAAUGUGGGAAAACUUUUUUAAAGACAUCACAUCUCAGAGCACAUCAGAGAAUUCACACAGGCGAAAAACCAUACAAAUGUACUGAAUGUGGGAGGACUUUCUCUCACAAGACACAUCUUAGUGCACAUCAGAGAAUCCAUACUGGGGAGAAACCCUAUGAAUGUAAUGGAUGUGGGAAAACUUUUGCUGAUAAUUCAACCCUCAGAGCACAUCAGAGAAUUCACACAGGGGAGAAACCCUAUGAAUGUAAUGAAUGUGGGAGGUCCUUUGCCCAUAUAUCUGUUCUUAGAGCACAUCAGAGAAUUCAUACAGGGGAGAAACCCUAUGAAUGUAAUGACUGUGGGAGAUCUUUUGCCCACAAUUCAGCCCUUAGAGCACAUCAGAGAAUUCAUACAGGGGAGAAACCCUAUGAGUGUAGUGACUGUGAGAAGACUUUUGCCCAUAAUUCAGCUCUCAGAGUACAUCAGAGAAUUCAUACAGGGGAGAAACCAUAUGAAUGUAAUGAAUGUAUGAAAACAUUUGCCCAUAAUUCAGCUCUCAGAGCACAUCAGAAAAUUCAUACAGGGGAAAAACUCUAUGAAUGUAAUGAAUGUGGGAAAACUUUUUCACAGAAAACUCAUCUCAUUACACAUCAGAGAAUUCACACAGGGGAAAAACCUUACAAAUGUAGCGAGUGUGGGAAAACCUUCUCUCAGAAAUCAUACCUCAGUGGACAUGAGAGAAUUCACAAAGGGGAAAAACCUUAUAAAUGUAAUGAAUGUGGGAAAACUUUUAUCUAUAAGGCAGCCCUCAUAGUCCAUCAAAGAAUUCACACAGGAGAGAAACCCUAUGAGUGUAAUGAAUGUGGGAAAACUUUCUCCCAAAGAACACACCUCUGUGCACAUCAGAGAAUCCAUACAGGGGAGAAACCUUAUGAAUGCAAGGAAUGUGGGAAAACUUUCACUGAUAAUUCAGCCCUCAGGGCACAUCAGAGAAUUCACACAGGGGAGAAACCGUAUGAGUGUAAUGAGUGUGGGAAAACGUUCUCCAAGACAUCACACCUCCAGGCACAUCUGAGGACUCAAACAGGGGAGAAACCCUAUGAAUGUAAUGAAUGUGGGAAAACUUUCUCCCAGAAGUCAUAUGUUAUUGCACAUCAGAGAAUUCAUACAGGGGAGAAACCCUAUGAGUGUAAUAUAUGUGGGAAACCUUUUGCCCAUAAUUCAACCCUCAGAGUCCAUCAGAGAACUCACACAGGUAUAAAAUCCUAUGAAUGUAAUGAAUGUGGGAAAACUUUCUCCCAGAAGUCACACCUUAGUGCACACCAGAGAAUUCACACAGGGGAGAAACCCUAUGAGUGUAAUGAAUGUGGGAAAGCUUUUGCACAAAAUUCAACUCUCAAAGUACACCAGAGAAUUCACACGGGAGAGAAACCCUAUGAAUGUAAUGAAUGCAGGAAAACUUUUAUCCGUAAGGCAGCUCUUAGGGUACAUCACACCAGAACGCACACCAGAGAGGAAACCCUUACAUAUGGUGAAUUGGGGAAGUCCUGAAGGGAUUCAUACCUUUAUUGAUAUCACACAGUAAAAAAAAGCUCAUGUCACAGACUGGCAGACUGUGUCCCUUAAACAUUUCCUUUUCCACUAGGCACAUAGUUUGUCUAAUUUUCGAGUCUUUCAUUUGAGUGAUACUGGUCAUGGAAUAUGACACUAUUACAUUUAAGCUAAGUCCAGACUGCAAAGUUACCUUAUAUUCUUUCUGUCCUGUUAUGUUGGGAUAGAGGUAUUUCCAGGGCAGACUUGGCAUGUGUAUUAAACAUGAUAGAGCACAAUGUGAAAGAAGCCAAAAUCUGAAUAACUGGGUGAAAUAGUUCUCCGCUAACAGAUCUUCACAAGUUGGCUUAAAACACAUACACACACACACACACACACACACAGUACUCUGUUGAACUUUUUUUUUUCCAAAUAUUUAUUUAUUUGACACAGAGAGAGAGAAUGAGAGAGGGAAUACAAGCAGAGGAAGCCAGAGAGGGAGAAGCAGACUUCCCGAAGGGCAGGGAGCCUGAUGUGGGGAUCUAUCCCAGGACGCUGAGCUGAAAGCAGACGCUUAAUAGCUGAGCCACUCAGGUGCCCCUGUACUCUGUUGAACUUUUGAGGAUUUUGUUCUGUUGGUUAAAUGCACAUAGCUUAGUUAACUCUUUUAACUAUGGGACAAAACCCUAUGAAUGUCAUUCAGCCUGUCAUUAUACAUUGGAGACUUCACAUGAGGAAGAAAACUGUCAAUAUCCUGUUUGGAAGCUUUCAUUAAAAAUUACAGAAAUCUCAGGGAAAAAUACAAAACCCUUUACUACACACUAAAUAUCAGAUAGUUAAGAUUUGACCAAAAUCUUACAUCUUAUUAAAUGAUAUUUUUAAACAAAUAUUGAAAGUUUGCUUCAGAUAAUUUUUUUUCCUGAGGAAAUGUAUAUUUCAGAAUUGAAGAUAAAAUCUUCACCUAGAACUGAUGUACCUAAAUUUGUGGUAUAUAUGUAACACCAAGUUUUAUAGAAAAUAUAUAAUAAAAUAUUCUAUACAUGAAUUCACCUUGGAAUGUGAAGUUUUAAAAAUGGAGGAAUAGUUUGAAUUCUGUGGACAAUACCAGUAAAUGUUUGUGGCUAGUCUCUGGGCUAUAUGGUAUAUCUGUAUCAGUUUAUGUAACAGAAUUCAUUACUGCUGCUGAGUUCUAGUAGAAGGCAGCAGCCAAACUUGUUCUGGAACCUGUCCACUUUUUUGAGUUAUGAUUUAGGUUCUUUUGGCUUCCUUCUGCUUGAUGCUGUUGAUGCUAUGAAAUUUUGGCCUGCGUGCUGUGUCUGUCUGAUAGUGUGGCCCUGUUUUUCUAGGAUAUUGGAGAUCCCUAAGAUUUUCAAAGUUUCCUUGUGUAUUUGUAUCUAUGGGUAGGUGGGCUGGUUGAUUCUUACAUGUUUUUUGGCCUUCAUUACAUCCCACUAAUGGUUUAUUUUGUAUUGUGUAAUUAUAAAGGACAGUAUAUUUUUACUCUUCUUGUAUUCAUAUAGCCUACACAUCUUGUGUAGGAUCUUUUUCCAACCUCAUAAUGUGUGCUCACAUUAUGCACCUUAUGCAGCAUUGCAAACUAUUCUUUUUAUACUGCUUGGACAGCAGGUUUUGGAAUUGGAAUGAAAAAGGCUACUUUGAUGUUGUAAGUAUCACAUUAGUAUUAAAAAGCAGGCUAAGUUUUUUUUUUUUUUUUCAAAA